AAUGCCCCAGCUGCAGGACCAGUCUCCUGCCCAGUCUGCCAUGGUAAGUGGGCAGAAUAUGCAGUUUUUUACUGCUCAGAUCCCCCUUUUAUGGAUGACUUUUGCCUGAUCUAAAGAUGAAAUGAUAAAGCACCAGGUCCUGUGCACCCCUCAAUGCCUGGCACCUUGGCACUGCCCUGUGUGUGCCCAGCUGCUUCUUGCUGGACUUGCAUGCUCCAUCCCUGCAGGCUUUUCUUAGGGUGCAGAACAGAGCAGCAGCAGACACCCUCAAUCCCAGAAAACAGGGGCAGCCUAUUGCUACUCAGCAACCUAUUGCAUUGUGACUGCAACCCCCACCCUCCAGCACACUCACACUUGGACUGAUCGCAAGUGAUCUAUCUGCAGCACAAUCCUGCCUUCCGACAAAUGUCUGAUCGCUUGGCUUCCCUGCUGGAUUAAAUUCAUUCUUCCAGAUUGAAUUCCCUGAUUUUUUGGGGGGGGGAGUAGAUCUUCUGCACUUCCCCCAUCUCUCCCCUUGUCUUGUGGUCAUGGGGUGCAGAGUCUCCUCUCUGUCCAGGCUGCUGACACCUCUCCAGGUUUAGGAUAGUGGAUGCCAGAGUUGGAUUUAUGUUCCUGGAGGAAUAGUCGCCCGAGCAGGAUCACACGAGCAAGUUGUCACCCGGGAAGGAUGCAGGCUGCCUAUUGCUUCUCUGCGCUUCUGCUCCACUCCACUCUGCACCUGGUGAUAUGUGCAAAUAUAACAGGUGGUGGAAAACUCGGAAGUUUAAAAUCGGGAGGUUCCAUAUCCACACUUAAGCAUAUAUGGACAGAAAGUAACAAAGACUUGUCUAUCAGUCGACUCCUUUCACAGACUUUUCGUGGUAAAGAAAACCAAACUUCCUUGGAUAUGAGAUAUGACACUCCAGAGCCGUACACGGAACAAGAACUCUGGGAAUGGCUGAGGAACUCAACAGACCUUCAGGGACCACGUUCCAGGUCCAAACGAAGGCCCAUCGUCAAGACGGGGAAGUUUAAGAAAAUGUUUGGCUGGGGGGAUUUCCAUUCCAACAUCAAAACUGUGAAGUUAAAUUUGUUGAUUACAGGGAAAAUUGUGGACCAUGGCAAUGGAACCUUCAGUGUCUACUUUCGGCACAACUCUACCGGUCAAGGAAAUGUGUCUGUGAGCUUAGUCCCUCCGACCAAAAUUGUGGAAUUCGACUUGGCUCAGCAAUCGGUGAUCGACGCUAAAGAUUCCAAGUCCUUCAAUUGCCGCAUCGAAUACGAAAAGGUCGACAAGGCUACCAAGAACACUCUUUGCAACUAUGACCCUUCAAAAACAUGCUACCAGGAGCAGACCCAAAGUCAUGUAUCCUGGUUAUGCUCCAAGCCCUUCAAAGUGAUCUGUAUUUAUAUAUCAUUUUAUAGUACAGAUUAUAAACUAGUACAAAAGGUGUGUCCCGACUACAACUAUCACAGUGACACGCCCUACUUCCCUUCUGGUUGACAAUAACAUGUAUGCAAGACUUACCUCUAAGGAAAACAACAACAACAAAAAAUAAAGGUGACUGGGCUGGAACCGUAUCCAAGAAAGUCCCAUCAAUUGCCUGGAAUGUGUCUAUAUAACAAAUGAUGAAACAAAAAAAGAAAAAUACAAAAACAAGCUAAAAGAAAAACUUUUAUAUUGGAAAUUAACCAGAUGCAUUUGACCUUCCCCCCUGAUCGUUCCCUAUUCCAUUUAUUAGGUGUAACUCACUGUGGAUAUAAUAAAAAAAAAUAAAAAAAACA